AGUGAUAACUGAUAUGGUACAGACUGAUGGUGAUUGAAUCGUCGAGCGGCUCGAACUUAAAGGAAACUUAGGAAACGAAUGCCUCGAUUGAGAUUUUGGAUUUUAGAAAUAACGAAUUACUCGAGUUGACGAAUUGUUUUUUAUUUUCGUUGUUUAAGAUUACUAAAAAAGGGUGUGAUUUUUGUAAUAUAAUAUAGAAAACAUCAUGGAUGGAAUACUGAGAAAUUUUUCUAAAUUGCUUUCAGUGCAGAGCCCAAUUCAUCAGUUCAAUAGGACUUUAAUCAUACUUAAACGGCGCCAUCCUGUUCAGUUACAAAAAAAAAAUUCCAAACAUAAACCUAUCUUGAAAGGAAGACAUUUUGUCUAUGAUAUUGUGGAAAAUCCAGAAAGAAUGAAACAAGAAAAAAUUGAUGUAAUAUUAACUCAAUAUGUCGAAGGAUUAGGGCAUCAAGGUGAACUAGUUAGUGUUCGGCCAACAUAUGCAUAUGAUCAAUUGCUUCUGCCUAAAUUAGCUAUUUAUGCUUCUCCUGAUAAUUUGGAACGUAUGAAAAAUAAUUUAUACCAAACCAAAGACGAAGAGAAACCUAGUUCUAUUCAUGCUCUUCAAACUGUGAAGUAUUUAAAAAAAAUGGUUGUAAGUGUAAGCAUGAACAAAGAUGAGCCUUGGACAAUUGAACCUUGGCACAUUAGAGUAUCACUACGAAAAAUGAAUGUACAUGUAUUAAGUGAUGAUUCAAUAGAAUUGCCAGAGCAUCCAAUUAGUGGACCUGAUUUCACUUUAGAAGGAAAAUCCUUUGUUGUGUAUAUUACCAUAAACAAAAAAGAAAAAGUGCCUGUAGAAUGUAAUCUUCAUCAUUGGAGUACUAAACUUGCUGAUCGAUUACCUCGAACAAAAUUCUUUACUAGAACUCCAAUAGCUAUUCUUCCUGAGCAGACUGAACUUUUAAUGUCAAUGAGAGGAGAUACAAAAAAUAAUUAAAUUUAUCUAGUUUAAUUUCUUAGUAGUAUCUAAUGUAUUUAAUUUUAGAUGAAUUAUGAUUUUUAAGAUUAUUAUCUUGUUUUAUUUAAUUUGUAUUAAUUCAAAAUUGUCCAUUCUAUAUCAACUUUUUCACCAUAGUGAAAUUGUCCCCCUUUAAAAAUUAGAAAUCAUGCAAUGCAUUGUAUAUCAUUUUUAAAAAUUAAAUAAACCCAAUUAUAAUCAUAA